UCGAAACGACGUAAGUCGAGGUAUACCUGUAAGUAUGAAGAACAUGGAAAACAAAAAAUCAUUUUAAUCACAGAUAUUUACAAAUUUACAAGAAAUAAUGUUUCAUAUUUACAGGAAUUGUUUGAAUGAAUGUCCAUCAGCUGCAAUAAAUGCAUCACAAUGAUGAUGGAGUGAUUGGCAUACACCUUGAAAGAUACUCAACAUGUCAGAAAAACAAGUUGGUGAAAAUGUAAACAAAAAUCAAGAAACAGAUCAAAAUGGAGUUCCUGUUGAAUGUAAGUUUACCCAAGAUGAUCUUGCUUUAGCUACAAUUCCAGGUCAUAACAAUUUUGAUCCAACGCUGCAUUCAUUUUCGGAAGACGAAUUAAAACCUCAACCGAUGGUUAAAAAGUCAAAGAAGCGUUUUGUUCCAGAUAAUUUAAAAGAUGAAAAAUAUUGGAUGAGACGACAUAAAAAUAACAUUGCUGCUAAGCGAUCUCGUGAAGCAAGACGAGUAAAAGAAAAUCAGAUAGUUUUGAGAGCUUCCUAUUUGGAGAAAGAAAAUCACGUAUUAAGAGAUGAACUUGAAAAGUUGCGAGGUGAAAAUAAGAUGUUACGUCAAUGCCUGAAAAAGUAUGAACAAUGAAGAAUAUAAACGUGCUUUGAAUAAUCAGUGAAUCUUUUCGAAGAAUGAAUAUUGAUUCCCAGAUUUAUUUAGUAACAUCAUUCAUAUUAAUCAGUAUGUAGUAUUUUUUUUUUCUUUGUAAUUUACUAGCUUAGGCUAGGCAUACUGAUAGAAUCAAAUGAUAUUUAGUUUUGGUGAUGGAAAAUUGCUUUUAUAGCUAAAAAGCAAUUAUUCAUUAAAUUUAGAAAUGCCAAUAUUGGUAUUAUAAAAAUGCAAUAGUGUGAAAAUAUAUUUUACAAUCCAUUUAAUGGUUUUAUGUAUAAGAUAUAAUUAUGCCAAAAAUAAUUUUAUCAUUGUUAUCUUCUAUAUUUUCAUGUGCCAAUAAUGUUUUAAAAAUUUUGUUGAUCAGUUAUGAUUUAAUCAUACAUAUAAUUGGAUUUAGAGUUAAAAUUUAAAGUGGGUAAGAUUAACACUUACGGGUUAAACAAUUUGAAGUUCUCUGUUUCUAGAGACUAUAUUUAUCUCAAACACAUGCAUAAAAUUUAAUCAUGUAAAAAUAUAAUGCAAGUAAACAAUGAUAGAUCUUGCUUCAUUGAGAAAUAAUGGAUAACAAGAUAUGAAUGCAUUGUUUUAUAGUGUGUGAAACAGUGUUAAUAAUUGUUAAAUGUUACAUAAUUCAAUAUGAUAAAGCCUAACAUGUCAAAUCCUUUUGUACAAAACUUAGUAGUAGCUAUAACAACAAUAUUACCUCACUGUUUAAGGUAAUUGCUUAGUGUUUAUUAUUUUGUUAUUGUUUUUAUCUAUUAUGUUGUUAUUUCUAAUUCUGUUGAUACUUCUGGUUGUGUAUAUCCAUUUGGAAGAUACACGUAUGGGAAUAUAGUUCAAAGAAGUAUCAAUUUCUCAAAUGUAUUAAGUUGAAAUUUUGUUUGUGAUGUAAGGAUGUACUUAACCAUCAAAUGUUGCUUAGUAUUCAGGGAAUUGGUAUCAGAGCUAUUCAUUAAGUUUUUAAAUUGUAUAAUUGCUAUUUUUAAUUCAUCAGAAUCAUCGUAAUAAUAUCCAUCAUUAGGCUGUAACAAAUCUAAUACACACAAGGAAAAAACUGUGGCUGUAUUCCUGUUGUACGAUAUAUCAAAUCAUAUCAUUUAGACUAGCUUUAUGCAUGCAUUUGCCAUAUUGUGUUAGAUAUUGUGGUACAAUAGCAAAAAAUAUUUUAAAUAUCUGUCAAAUCUGGUUUAUUGACAUUGAUAAUAUAUAACAACAACUAUUAUACAAUUGUUUUGAUGUGUUUUAAUGUUGUAAUUUGAUGUAAUCUGUAGUGUAUACAUUGAAGAUGUCUAUUGGCAUUGUCAAAGUGAUGUUUGUUGAAAACAAUUUAAGAUUGAAUAUGUUGAAGGUAGAAUUGUUAUAAAGAUUUCACCUGUGCUCAUUUAGUAUUUUGUGAAGGUGCAUUCUGUCGACAAUUAAGUGUAUUUUUAAAAAUUACAAGUAUAAAAAUACAUGAACUGCUCAAUUCACUAUUUUAUUCAAAAUUUAUUGUCAUUAAUUCUUUCUUACCAAACCCAAAGGAGACAGAGUGCACACUCAUAUUUGUCAGAAGAAAAUUUAAAUCUGGAAUUUUUCACACGUACAUUGCUGAUAAAUAUUGUAUUUUUAAAAAAGAAAUAUGUAUUUUUCCAAAAACAAUUGGUGCUUACAUAAAGAGAUUUCAUUUCAACUUUUUGUAUAUAAAUUACAAAUUAUGAAGAAGUGUAAAUAGAAAAUUUGUCAUGUUUAAAAGAGAUAUUAGAUUUAUUGUGUGAAAAUCCAAAGGGAUCAUUUUUCCUACUCACGUGUCUUGUUUAAAGAAAUCUGUGCCUGAUAUUAUGAAAACGUCGACUUUUUAGCAGCUGUUUUUCAAAUUAGUUAAAAAUGCUACUGCCUUUUUUUAUUAUAGUUAUCUUAGAUGUUGGAAUUAGUUCAGAAAAUAGAAUGUAUUUAAAAAUUAUACAUAUAUAUAUCUAUAUAUACUUUUUUGUUAGAAGGAAGAAAUUUUAUUGUAAACAUAAGAUUAAUUUUUCUAGUCGGAUAAUUAUUUUUUGUUAAAUUUAAAAGCAGCUACUUUGUUAUUUGAAUAUUAACUUUAAUAUUAAAAAAAAAUGGUGCUGAAUUAUUAAUUAAAUGUUUUUAUAUCAAGGAAAUGUAUUCGUAAUUUUCCUUGCAAAAAGAAAAAAAUUCUAAACACUAAACCUCAUAUCUAUUUGUGAAACCCAAUUGAAAACUAGGACACCAAUAUUUUAUAUUGAUCCUGUAAAAUCUAUAUAAAUAAUACAUAUAAAAAAAUAUUACAAACUAUUUUCAGUACUUGUCAUAUAGAAAUAUUUAUCAGUAGGCUUUAAAUGCCUUAGUUGUUGUUUUUUCUUUUUUAAUUCUGAAGAUUAUAUAUAUAAAUCCAAUCCCACUGUUUUUUGAGGAUAGUUAUAUUUGAAACAGCACAGAAUUUAAUAAUUUUUUUCCAGGUAAAAUUUUUUUGCUCAAAUAUCUGGUUUUUAAGUUCAAUAAUCCAGAAAACUAUCCUCAAAUGUGUAUAGUUAAUAAGUCUAAACUUGAUUUUAGCCUUAUAUUUUUUCUUUUAGUAUGUAUGUGAUUCUUGUUGAGCAAAUUUAAAUUUCUAAGAUUUGUUAAAAUGUGAUUAAAAGUUUAUAGAAUGUGCCUAUUCAAUGUUAUCAAAGUUCACAUAUAUGAUUUAUUUUAACUACUAUUCACAUUGUGAUGUUACAGUGGCCUAAAUCUAUAUAUAUUAUAUAUAUACAUACAUAUAUAUAUAUAUUAUCCAGUAGUUUUAAGAUUAUUCACACAUUAUCUGAUUAGAGUGUUGUGAUAAUGCUCUUUAUUAAUAACAAGGUACAAAAUACAAUGUAUAAUGACCAAGCACUCUAUAAGAAGGCUGUAUUUUUGCACAUUUUGAGCACUUGGUGAAAUAAAAAUUGAUUGUUGUAAUGUUGAA